AUGUCGACCACGAGUGCCUCCGUCACGUCAAACAGGUUACUAUAUAAUGGUCCAACUUAUACUCAUAAUCAUGCCCAACUUGGAGACCUUACAGGGCGUUCCAUCAACUUCCGUUAUCUUGAAAAGCCGUCAUCAUCGUCGACAACAACAACAACAGUCCAAUUUCGCUCGAUUCCAUAUGCACUGGUCCCGAAGCGAUUCGCCCCGUGCAAACCAUUGACAGACAUCCCCUCUGAAUUUGAUGGCCGACCGCAUCUGGACUUCACACAAUUUGGAGCGGCCUGCCCUCAACUUGGCGGCAUGGGUCCUACCUGGUUCGACUCUUACGGUGGUCCGCUGCCUGAUGACCAAGGCAUUGCCUUCGACGAGUUCACUUGUCUCAAUCUGACCAUUUCCGUGCCGCAACAGCACCUUCUCGACAUCUCCGAGGGCAAAAACCCGAAGGCACUUCCAGUAAUGAUGUAUGUCUUUGGCGGUGGAGCACAAGAAGGCAUUGGAAACGUCGAUGGCCUCCAUUCGAACGCGCCGCUGGCAGCAUAUGCGUCCUCAAUUUCCAUGCCUGUCAUCACCGUCAACAUCGGCUACCGUCUCAACUGGUUCGGCGGUCUGAUCUGUAACGACAUGCUGGAGGAGUACAAGUCUGAUGCCAAUGCGUCUCCGCAUGGGCCGUUCAAUUACUUCAUUCAAGACCAGCGCGCCGCAUUCGAAUGGAUCCACAAAUUUAUCGGUCGCUUUGGCGGAGACCCCUCGAACAUUACAGCCUUUGGCGAGUCAGCCGGAGGCAUCUUCUUGGUCUACCACAUUGCCGGGUCAAGGGAGAGACUCUUCAAUCGCGCAAUCAUCCAGUCCGGCACCAUCCUCGGCCACAUGCCGUUCGAGCAGAAGGAGAUGGAAUAUCAAGGCCUCCUUAAAACGUUCAACAUCACUGGCUCGACCGCCAGCGAAAGGCUAGAGCAAAUCCGACAAAUCCCAGCAGAAGCCCUAAUAAAGUACCCCGGCGCCCACAUAUUUCUCCUUGUUGACGACAUCCCAGGUCUGAGGAUCCCUAAGCCACUUUUCCCACGCGGACCUGCCACAUACACCAGCCAGACAGCCUUGAUCCGAUCCUGCGAAUGGCUGGAGGACCUUAUCAUCGGCGACGACUUCUGGGAAGGUCACGUCUUUGCCGACUACCUCCGUCCCGCGAAGGCGCCAGACUUCGUGGCUGUUGUCAAGUCCGCGCUCCCCGAACCACACGCCACUAAGAUACUAGAAGCAUACGACAUGCCCACGUCUGCCGAUGCAGCUGCGACGGCCGACCACAAUCUCUUCUAUCACAGUCUGACCUACUUCGUAGGCGAUAUCAUGUUCUCAAGCUGGUACCACAGACUGGCUGCCGACCUCGGGCGCGACAAGAAACGCAAAAUCUAUCGUUACGCAUUCGGUCUGUCAAACCCGUUCUUUGGGUCUCAGCAUAAUUUCGUCACGGGGCACCACUUCCUUGAAAUACUGUUCAUCUUCCUCACGCUGAUGGACAGAUAUCCGAAACAUCGGGAUAACUGGCUCGCUAAACAGGCGUGUGAGACAGCGAAACGGUGGAUCAAGUUCGCCAACGGCCACGAGCCCUGGGACGAGUACGGCUUGAAGGACGGGCAGGAUGAGAGGGAGGCGAAGAUCGCGAUUUGUGACGAUUUCAAGGGCUGGCACGUCAAGAGGCUCGCGCAGGACGAGGAGGAGAGUAAGUCGUACCCCGCGGGUCCGAGACGGUAUGCGGCGUGGAGAGUGUACAACGAGGCGCUGGAUGCACUGCGUGAGCCAGGCAUGAGUGAAGAUGCCUGGGGGACGAAAGUGGACGCCGCGAGGACGCAGAUCAUCAUGUAUGUUCUCACCUUGACCAGCAAAGUGGGUCAUUGGAAGGACAGGGAGGUCGAAAGUGGUGACAAGUUGACGAGCGCGCUGGCGGAUGAAUCUGUGUGA